CCCUGGGGACUUCUCCCCUCCCUCCGCACGAUGGGUGUUGGCCAGAGAAAGCUGGCCCCACUCUGGGUGCUGGCUCUCGCCCUGGCCUGCGCCCAGCACACAGGCCAGGCCCACGAUGGCUCUGCGGAACCCGGUUAUGAGUACCUGGACCUCCCUUCAGUCCACCAGGGGCCUGGCGGGGGCCCACUUCGUGGGGUGACCAUCCUCUCGUCUCUGAGGACCACCCCUGUGAUGCGAGCCGCGAACCCGGCGCACAACGGGCGGGUGUGCAGCACCUGGGGCGACUUCCACUACAAGACCUUCGACGGUGACGUCUUCCGCUUCCCCGGCCUCUGCAACUACGUCUUCUCCGCGCACUGUAGCGCCGCCUACGAGGACUUCAAUGUCCAGCUCCGCCGUGGCCGGGCGUCCAACGCCACCACGCUGAACAGGGUCGUCAUGAAGCUCGACGGCAUGGUCGUUGAGCUGACCAACAGCUCGGUCCUGGUCAACGGUCGCCUAAUUCAGCUGCCCUUCAGCCAGUCCGGGGUCCUUAUCGAGCAUAGCAGCAGCUACGUGAAGGUGGUGGCCAGGCUGGGUCUGGUCUUCAUGUGGAACCAGGACGACAGCCUCCUGCUGGAGCUGGAUGCCAAAUACGCCAACCAGACCUGCGGGCUCUGUGGAGACUUCAACGGAGUCCCCGUUUUCAACGAGUUCUUCUCCCACAACGUCAAGCUGACCCCCGUGGAGUUUGGGAACCUGCAGAAGUUGGAUGGCCCCACGGAGCAGUGUCAGGACCCCAUCCCCGUGUCCCUAGUGAACUGCUCGACUGGCUUGGGCCUCUGUGAGGAAAUCCUGAGCAGCAGGCCGUUCUCGGGCUGUAACGCACUGGUGGACGCCAGCAGCUACGUGGAGGCCUGCCAUCAGGACCUCUGCCUCUGCGAGCGAGACAACCUGACCAGCUGCAUCUGCCACACGCUCGCCGAGUACUCUCGCCAGUGUGCGCACGCCGGGGGGCUGCCCCAGGACUGGAGGGGCCCUGACCUCUGCCCGCUGACGUGCCCCCUCAACAUGCGGUACCGCGAGUGCGGCUCGCCGUGCUCUGACACCUGCUCCAACCGCGAGCACUCACAGCUCUGUGAGGACCACUGCGUUGCCGGCUGCUUCUGCCCCGAGGGGAUGGUGCUCGAUGACAUUGGCCACACUGGCUGCAUCCCCGAGUCCCACUGCUCCUGUGUGUACAACGGGGCCACCUACGCACCAGGGGCCACUUACUCCACAGACUGCACCAACUGCACCUGCUCAGGAGGCCAGUGGAGCUGCCAGGAGGUGCCGUGCCCGGGCACGUGCUCUGUGCUGGGCGGUGCCCACUUCUCCACGUUCGACGAGAGGCUGUACACGGUGCACGGGGACUGCACCUAUGUGCUGGCCAAGCCCUGUAACAGCAGCGCCUUCACCGUGCUGGCCGACCUGCGCAAGUGUGGGCUGACGGACAGCGAGACCUGCCUGAAGAGCCUGACGCUGAGCCUGGGCGGGGGGCAUACGGUCAUCGUGAUCAAGGCCAGCGGGGAGGUGUUUGUGAAUCAGAUCUACACCCAGCUGCCCGUCUCUGCAGCCAACAUCACGCUCUUCAGACCUUCAACCUUCUUCAUCAUCGCCCAGACCAACCUGGACCUGCAGCUGGACGUGCAGCUGGUGCCCACCAUGCAGGUGUUCGUGAGGCUGGCGCCCGCGCUCCAGGGGCUGACCUGCGGCCUGUGCGGGAACUUCAACCAGAACCAGGCCGAUGACUUUCGGACCCUCAGCGGCGUGGUGGAGGGCACGGCUGCCGCCUUCGUCAACACCUGGAAGACCCAGGCCGCCUGCCCCAACGUCAAGAACAGCUUCGAGGACCCCUGCUCCCUCAGCGUGGAGAAUGAGAAGUACGCUCAGCACUGGUGCUCCCGGCUGACGGACCCCCACGGCUCCUUCUCUGGGUGCCACAGCGCCGUGAGCCCCAGCACCUACUACGCGAACUGCAUGUUCGACACGUGCAACUGCGAGAAGAGCGAGGCCUGCAUGUGCGCGGCUCUGUCCUCCUACGUGCGGGCCUGCGCCGCCAAGGGCGUGCUGCUCAGUGACUGGAGGGACGGCGUCUGCGUGAAGCCCACAACCACCUGCCCCAAGUCGAUGACCUACCAGUACAACAUCAGCACCUGCCAGCCCACCUGCCGUGCCCGGAGUGAAGAGGACGUCACCUGUGGCAUCAGCUUCGUCACCGUGGACGGCUGCGCCUGCCCCCACGACACCUUCCUGGACGACACGGGCAAGUGUGUGCCGGCCACCAGCUGUCCCUGCUACCUCGGAGGCUCCGUGGUCCCCAACGGGGAGUCUCUCCACGAGAGCGGGGCCAUCUGCACCUGCACCCAGGGCAGGCUGACCUGCAUUGGAGGCCACGUCCCCACCUCAGUCUGUGCCUCGCCCAUGGUCUACUUCGACUGCCGCAACGCCACAGCUGGGGCCAGCGGUGCCGGCUGUCAGAAGAGCUGCCACACACUGGACAUGGACUGCUAUAGCUCCCAGUGUGUGUCUGGCUGCGUGUGUCCCCACGGGCUGGUGGCCGACGGCCAAGGCGGCUGCAUUGCUGCGGCCGACUGCCCCUGCGUGCAUAACGAUGCCAGCUACCAGGCCGGCGAGACCAUCCGGGUGGGCUGCAACACCUGCACCUGUAAGAACAGAGUGUGGCAGUGCACGGAUGAGCCCUGCCUGGCCACCUGCGCCGUGUACGGAGAUGGCCACUACCUCACCUUCGACGGGCAGCGCUACAGCUUCAGCGGGGACUGCGAGUACACGCUGGUUCAGGACCACUGCAGCCGAAACAGCAGCACCCAGGAAGCCUUCCGUGUCGUCACCGAGAACGUCCCUUGUGGCACCACAGGGACCACCUGCUCCAAGGCCAUCAAGAUCUUCCUGGGGAGCUACGAGCUGAAGCUGAGUGACGGGAAAGUGGAGGUGAUCGGGAAGGGCGCGGGGCAGGAGGUGCCCUACUCCAUCCGCCAGAUGGGCAUCUACCUGGUGGUGGACACCGACGUCGGCCUGCUGCUGCUGUGGGACAUGAAGACCAGCAUCUUCAUCAGGCUUAGCCCCGAGUUCAAGGGGAGGGUCUGCGGGCUGUGCGGGAACUUCGACGACAACGCCGUCAACGACUUCACCACACGGAGCCAGUCCGUGGUGGGCAACGCGCUGGAGUUCGGCAACAGCUGGAAGUUCUCCCCGUCCUGCCCGGAUGCCUCGGCCCCCAAGGACCCCUGCACCGCCAACCCAUACCGCAAGUCCUGGGCCCAGAAGCAGUGCAGCAUCAUCAACAGCGCCACCUUCGCCGCCUGCCAUGCCCACGUGGAGCCCGCCAAGUACUACGAGGCCUGUGUGAGCGACGCGUGCGCCUGUGACUCGGGGGGCGACUGCGAGUGCUUCUGCACGGCCGUGGCCGCCUACGCCCAGGCCUGCCACGAGGUGGGCGUGUGCGUGUCCUGGCGGACACCCAGCAUCUGCCCCCUGUUCUGCGACUACUACAACCCCGAGGGCCUGUGCGAGUGGCACUACCUGCCCUGCGGGGCGCCCUGCCUGAGGACCUGCCAGAACCCCCGUGGCCAGUGCCUGCACGACGUGAGCGGCCUGGAAGGCUGCUACCCUAAGUGCCCGGCAGAGGCCCCCCUCUUCGAUGAGGACCAGAUGCGGUGUGUGGCCACAUGCCCGCAGUCGCCCUGCCACGUCCAGGGCAAGUCGUACCAGCCAGGCGCGGUGGUGCCCUUGGAUGAGAACUGCCAGUCCUGUGUUUGCACCGAGAGCGGCAUCCAGUGCACCUACGAUGCCGAGGCCUGUGUCUGCACCUACGACGGGCGGCGCUUCCGCCCGGGGGAUGUCAUCUACCACACGACGGACGGCACAGGGGGGUGCAUCUCUGCCCGCUGCGGGGCCAAUGGCACCAUCGACCGGAGGGUCUACACCUGCAGUUCCACCACCCCCGCCCCCCAAACCACCUUCUCCUUUUCCACAUCCCCGCUUGUUGUGAGCUCGACACGCCCACCGGGGACGCACCCCAGCCCCACCGAGAGCACUCUGAGCAGUGCUCCACCCACCACGGUGGGCACAUCCGCCAGGCCCACGCCCUCGACGGCUUCCGCCUCGCCCCUCCCGGACUGUGAGGACUGCCAGUGGUCUCAAUGGAUGGAGGUCAGCCGUCUGGGACGUGGCAAUGACAGUGGUGACUUUGACCCACUGGAGAAGCUCCGUGCCCACGGGUACCAGGUUUGCCAGGCGCCAAGGGCAGUGCAGUGCCAAGCCGAGGCUGCCCCCGAGGUGCCGCUCCAAGUCCUGGGGCAGCGUGUGGAGUGCAGCCCAGUGGUGGGGCUGACCUGUCACAACAGGGACCAAGCUUCAGGGCUCUGUGACAGCUACCAGAUCAGAAUCCUGUGUUGCUCCCCGCUGGCCUGCCCCACCUCUGGUGGUCCAGCCCAGACCACCCCUCCUGCAACCUCCAGGACAACUGAAACUGGGCCCACACCAGGGACCAGCAGGGUCACCUCUGUGCCGACAGGAAGCACAGCUUCCCCAGCCUUUGUCAGUACAACUGGCCCAACCACUCUCUCUACAACUAGCAAAACAUCUGCCCCACAUACCUCUACCACAGCCCCACGUACCCCUACACCUGCCCCAGGUACCUCUACCACAGCCCCAAGUACCCCUACUUCUGCCCCAGGUACCUCUACAACAGCUUACCCCUACACCUGCCCCAGUUACCUCUACAACAGCCCCACCUACCCCUACUUCUGCCCCAGGUACCUCUACAACAGCUGCAAGUACCCCUACACCUGCCCCAGGUACCUCUACAACAGCCCCAAGUACCCCUACUUCUGCCCCAGGUACCUCUACAACAGCUGCAAGUACCCCUACACCUGCCCCACAUACCUCUACAACAGCCCCAAGUACCCCUACACCUGCCCCAGUUACCUCUACAACAGCCCCACCUACCCCUACUUCUGCCCCAGGUACCUCUACAACAGCUGCAAGUACCCCUACACCUGCCCCAGGUACCUCUACAACAGCCCCAGCUACCCCUACACCUGCCCCAGGUACCUCUACAACAGUCCCAGCUACCCCUACACCUGCCCCAGGUACCUCUACAACAGUACCCUUACACCCGCCCCAGGUACCUCUACAACAACACCAGGUACCCCUACGCCUGGCCCACAUACCUCUACAACAGCCCCAGGUACCCCUACACCUGCCCCAGGUACCUCUACAACAGCUCCACGUACCUCUACAAGAGCCCCAGGUACACCUGGCUCCCGUACUUCUACACCUGGGAAAACAACUCUCUCGACCCCCAGUCCAAUGCCAGUUUCGACAACAGCUUCAACCACAAGCUCUGUGUUCACCAAAGCCCUGGGCUCCUCGGAGGUGCCAGGUAAGCCCACCUCACCUGAACCCACCAACAUCUGUUUACAACAGUCAUGCAACUGGACUCAGUGGAUCGAUGGCAGCUACCCCGGGCCUGGGAGGAACAGUGGCGAUUUUGACACUCUUCAAAAUUUGAGAUCAAAAGGAUACAAAUUCUGUGAAAAGCCCAGCAAUGUGCAGUGCAGGGCAGAGAGCUUCCCGGACAUCCCGCUGGAGGAGCUGGGGCAGGACGUGAUCUGUAACACAGAAGUGGGGCUGCUGUGUCUGAACAAGGACCAGCUGCCCCCGAUCUGCUACAACUACGAAAUCCGGAUCGAGUGCUGUGAGACAGUGGACGUGUGCAGAGGAAAGACGACCCCCCCGGCGACACUAGAGACCACACACUCGACCCCACACUCAACCGGGGCCACAACCCAAGGCUCCGGGACCACAGCAAUCCCCUCCAUCUCCACAAAACACACCAGGGCCAGCUCAGCACCGGGGCUGCCAACAACAGAGGUCGCAGCCAGCACACCCACGGUCACCACACCAGAAACCAUCGCGUGCAGGCCACAGUGCAAGUGGACCAAGUGGUUCGACGUGGAACUCCCGUCCCCCGGGCCCCAGGGUGGAGAGAAUGAAACCUACAGCAAUAUCCUCAGAAGUGGAGAGAGAAUCUGCCACCGGCCCGAGUACAUCACCCACCUGGAGUGCCGCGCCGAGAGCCGCCCUGAGGUCAGCAUCGACCAGCUGGGCCAGGUGGUGCAGUGUGACCCCGACGUGGGCCUGGUGUGCCGGAACCAGGACCAGGAGGGCCUGGACGGGGUGUGCCUCAACUACGAGAUCCGUGUGCUGUGCUGUGAGCCCCGAGAAGACUGCACGACCCAGACACCAGUCACACAUCCCAGCACCUCAAGUGUGAGCAUUCAUAGCCACGAGACCACCUCCCACGUGGCCACGUCCAGGGCAACCACUCUGCCAGAAACCAGCCCGACCUCUGUGCAGGAAACAAGCAAAACCUCUGUGCCGAGACUGAGAACAACCACAGUGUCUGCAACCAGCGCCACCUCUGUGCCCAGAACCAGCAAGGCCUCUGUGCCAGGCACCAGCACAACCUCUGUGCAGGAAACCAGCAGGACCUCCAAGCCAGGCACCAGCCCCACCUCCAUGCCAGGAAGCAGCCCAACAUUUGAGCCCAACAUCGGAGGAGACAAGCAAGACCACCUCUGUGCCAAGAACGAGCCCAACUUCUCUGCAGGAAACCAGCAGAACCUCUGUGCUGAGACUGAGCACAACCACGGUGUCUGCAACCAGCCCAACCUCUGUGCCAGGCACCAGCCCGACAUCUGUAACCUCUGUGCCAAGACUGAGCACAACCACAGUGCCUGGAACCAGCCCAACAUCAGGGGCAAAAACCAGCAGGACCUCUGUACCAAGAACCAGCCCAACAUAACCCACAGCCCACCUGUGACCAACAAAUGCCGCCCAAGGUGCAACUGGACCAAGUGGUUCGAUGUGGAACUCCCGUCCCCUGGGCCCCAGGGUGGAGAGAAUGAAACCUACAGCAAUAUCCUCAGAAGUGGAGAGAGAAUCUGCCACCGGCCUGAGUACAUCACCCACCUGGAGUGCCGCGCCGAGAGCCGCCCUGAGGUCAGCAUCGACCAGCUGGGCCAGGUGGUUCAGUGUGACCCUGACGUGGGCCUGGUGUGCCGGAACCAGGACCAGGAGGGCCCGGACAGGGCGUGCCUCAACUACGAGAUCCGUGUGCUGUGCUGUGAGCCCCGAGAAGACUGCACGACCCAGACACCUGUCACACAUCCCAGCACCUCGAGCGUGAGCAUCCAUAGCCAUGAGACCACCUCCCACGUGGCCAUGUCCAGGACAACCACUCUUCUAGAAACCAGCCCGACCUCUGUGCAAGGAACCAGCCCAACAUCUGAGGAGACAACAAAGACCACCUCUGUUCCAGGUACCAGCCCGACCUCUGUGCAGGAAACCAGCAGGACCUCUAACCAGCCCGACCUCUUCGCCUGGAACCAGCAGGACCUCUGUGCCAGGGACCAGCCUGACUUCGGAAACCAGCAGGACCUCUGUGCCGAGACUGAGCACAACCAUGGUGCCAGGAACCAGCCCAACCUCUGUGCCAGGAACCAGCAGGACCUAUGUGCCAGGGACCAGCCCAACCUCUGUGCACGAAACAAGCAGAACCUCUGUGCCGAGACUGAGCUCAACCAUGGGAUAACCCACAGCCCACCCGUGACCAACAAAUGCCGCCCAAGGUGCAACUGGACCAAGUGGUUCGAUGUGGAACUCCCGUCCCCCGGGCCCCAGGGUGGAGAGAAUGAAACCUACAGCAAUAUCCUCAGAAGUGGAGAGAGAAUCUGCCACCAGCCUGAGUACAUCACCCACCUGGAGUGCCGCGCCGAGAGCCGCCCUGAGGUCAGCAUCGACCAGCUGGGCCAGGUGGUGAAGUGCGAUCCCGACGUGGGCCUGGUGUGCCGGAACCAGGACCAGGAGGGCCCGGACAGGGCGUGCCUCAACUACGAGAUCCGUGUGCUGUGCUGUGAGCCCCGAGAAGACUGCACGACCCAGACACCUGUCACACAUCCCAGCACCUCGAGCGUGAGCAUCCAUAGCCAUGAGACCACCUCCCACGUGGCCAUGUCCAGGACAACCACUCUUCCAGAAACCAGCCCGACCUCUACCACCUCUGUUCCAGGUACCAGCCCGACCUCUGUGCAGGAAACCAGCAGGACCUCUGUGCCGAGACUGAGAACCACCACAGUGCCUGCCCCAAGCCCAACCUCUGUGCAGGAAACCAGCAGGACCUCUGUGCCAGGAACCAGCCCAAGCUCUGUGCAGGAAACCAGUAGAACCUCUGUGCCGAGACUGAGCACAACCACAGUGCCAGGAACCAGCCAUACCUCUGUGCCAGGAACGAGUCUAACCUCUGUGCACGAAACUAGCAGAACCUCUGUGCCAAGAACCAGCCCAACCUCUGUGCAUGAAACCAGCAGAACCUCUGUGCCGAGACUUAGCACAACCACGGGGCGUGCAACCAGCCCAACCUCGAUAACCCACAGCCCACCCGUGACCAACAAAUGCCGCCCAAGGUGCAACUGGACCAAGUGGUUCGAUGUGGAACUCCCGUCCCCCGGGCCCCAGGGUGGAGAGAAUGAAACCUACAGCAAUAUCCUCAGAAGUGGAGAGAGAAUCUGCCACCGGCCUGAGUACAUCACCCACCUGGAGUGCCGCGCCGAGAGCCGCCCUGAGGUCAGCAUCGACCAGCUGGGCCAGGUGGUGAAGUGCGAUCCCGACGUGGGCCUGGUGUGCCGGAACCAGGACCAGGAGGGCCCGGACAGGGCGUGCCUCAACUACGAGAUCCGUGUGCUGUGCUGUGAGCCCCGAGAAGACUGCACAACCCAGACACCUGUCACACAUCCCAGCACCUCGAGCGUGAGCACCCGCAGCCACAAGACCACCUCCCACGUGGCCACAUUCAGGAUAACCACUCUCCCAGAAACCAGCCCGACCUCUGUGCAGGAAACCAGCAAAACCUCUGUGCUGAGACUGACCACCAACACGGUGCUUGCAACCAGCCCAACCUCUGUGCCAGGAACCAGCCCAACAUCUGAGGAGAGAACCAAAACCACCUCUGUGCCAGGAAACCAGCAGAACCUCUGUGCCAAGACUGAGAACAACUACGGGGCCUGGAACCACCCCAACCUCUGUGCGAAAAACCUGCAGAACCUCUAUGCCUGCCACCAGCCCAACCUCUGUGCAGGAAACCAGCAGGACCUCUGUCCCGAGACUGAGCACGACCACAGAAACCAGCAGAACCUCUGUGCCAAGACUGAGCACAACUACUUGGCCUGGAACCAGUGCAACCUCUGUGCCGGAAACCCACAGAACCUCUGUGCCGAGACUGAGAACAACCAUGGAAACCAGCAGGACCUCUGUGCCAAGACUGAGCACAACCACGGGACCUGGAACCAGCCGCACCUCUGUGCCGAGAACCAGCAGGACACCUGUGCCAGGCAGCAGUCCAACUUCUCUGCAGGAAACCAGCAGAACCUCUGUAUCAGCACAACAUCUAUGCAGGAAACCGGCAGAACUUCUGUGUCGAGACUGAGAACAACCACGGUUCCUAGAUCAAGACCCACCUCUGUGCCAGGAACCAGCAGGACCUCCGUGCCAGGUACCAGUCCAAUCUCUGUCCAGGAAACCAGCUCAACGGCUGUGCACAGACCUGGCACAACCUUAGCUCCUACAAUCAGCACCACCUCAGUUCCUGCCCCUGAGACAACCCACAGCCCACCCGUGACCAACAAAUGCCGCCCAAGGUGCAACUGGACCAAGUGGUUCGAUGUGGAACUCCCAUCCCCUGGGCCCCAGGGUGGAGAGAAUGAAACCUACAGCAAUAUCCUCAGAAGUGGAGAGAGAAUCUGCCACCGGCCUGAGUACAUCACCCACCUGGAGUGCCGCGCCAAGAGCCGCCCUGAGGUCAGCACCGACCAGCUGGGCCAGGUGGUGAAGUGCGACCCCGACGUGGGCCUGGUGUGCCGGAACCAGGACCAGGAGGGCCCGGACAGGGCGUGCCUCAACUACGAGAUCCGUGUGCUGUGCUGUGAGCCCCGAGAUGACUGCACGACCCAGACACCUGUCACACAUCCUAGCACCUGGAGCGUGAGCACCCGCAGCCAUGAGACCACCUCUCACGUGGCCUCAUCCAGGACAAUCUCUGUGCUGCAAACCAGCCCGACCUCUGGGCCGGGAACCAGCCCAACCUCUCUGCAGGAAACCAGCAGAACCUCUGUGACCCCCCAUGUGACUUCAUCUACCAAUCGGUCACCCCCUCCACAAUCCACUUCCUUGGCGCCUACUGUGAAGUCGCUCAGCUCCCCAGCAUCCUCCCCCUCGACCUGCUAUUGCAACAUUUCCCAGAAAAUCUACCCAGCGGGAUCCACCAUUUACCAACAGACCGACCUCGAUGGCCACUGCUAUUCCGCAGUGUGCAGCCUGGACUGCCACGUGGUCAGGUGGAGCAACGACACCUGCCCCACCAGCGUGUCGCCUCCCGCCCCCUCUACCUCCUCGCCUGGGUCGUCCCCUUCGGCCCCUGUGCCUGACACUAAGCAUGGAUGCUCAAAAUUUGUCCCCCCAAGAACGAAAGGUGAAACCUGGAACACGCCCAACUGCACUCAGACCACCUGUGAGGGCAACAACGUCACCACCGUGCGGCCACGCCAGUGCCCGAAGCAGCAGGAGCCAACCUGUGCCAACGGCUACCCUGCCGUAAAGGUGGCCGACCAGGAUGGCUGCUGCCCGCACUACCAGUGCCAGUGUGUGUGCAGCGGCUGGGGUGACCCCCACUACAUCACCUUCGACGGGACCUACUACACCUUCCUGGACAACUGCACGUAUGUGCUGGUGCAGCAGAUCGUGCCCGUGUACGGCCACUUCCGCGUGCUCAUCAACAACUACUUCUGCGACGCCGAGGAUGGGCUGUCCUGCCCGCAGUCCAUCAUUGUCGAGUACCAGCAGGACCGCGUUGUGCUGACCCGCAAGCCAGUCCGUGGGGUGAUGACCAAUGAGAUCAUCUUCAACGGUAAGGUGGUCAGCCCGGGGUUCCAGAAAGACGGCAUUGAAGUCUCUCAGAUCGGCAUCAAGAUGUACGUGACCAUCCCCGCGAUCGGGGUCCAGGUCAUGUUCUCCGGCCUCAUCUUCUCGGUGGAGGUGCCCUUCAGCAAGUUCGCCAACAACACAGAGGGGCAGUGCGGCACCUGCACCAAUGACCCCAAGGACGAGUGCCGCCUGCCCGGGGGGGAGGUGGUGUCCUCCUGCUCGGAAAUGUCCGGCCACUGGAAGGUGCCAAACCCUGACCAGCCGUACUGCUACGGGCCUCCCCCAACGCCCACCGCAGGGCCCACAUCCACACCCUCACCUGCCUCUUGCCCGCCUUCGCCAAUCUGCCAGCUGAUUCUGAGCGAGGUCUUCGAGCCAUGCCACUCCGUGAUCUCCCCCAAGCCAUUCUACCAAGGCUGCGUCUUCGACCAGUGCCACGUACCAGACCUGGACGUGGUGUGCUCUGGCCUGGAGCUGUAUGCCUCGCUCUGCGCGUCCCAUGGCAUGUGCAUCGACUGGAGGGGCCAGACCAACCACAUGUGCCCUUUCACCUGCCCUGCCGACAAGGUGUACCGGCCCUGUGGCCCGUCCAACCCCUCCCACUGCUAUGGAAACGACAGCAUCAGCCUCCUGGCCCUUCAGGACGCUGGCCCCGUCACGGAAGGCUGCUUCUGCCCAGAGAGCAUGAUGCUUUUCAGCACGAGCGUUGAUGUCUGCGUGCCCAAUGGCUGCCCUAGAUGCCUGGGGCCCCACGGGGAGCCUGUAGAGCCCGGCCACAACGUCAGCAUCGACUGCCAGGAGUGCACCUGCAACGGGAGCACGUGGAGGAUGAGCUGCCGCAGCCAGCCCUGCCCACCGCCCCCCACCUGCUCCGCACCCGGCCUCGUGCCUGUGCCAGCGGCCCCAGAGGCCGGCCAGUGCUGUCCUCACUACAGCUGUGUCUGCAACAGCAGCCACUGCCCUGCACCUCUGGACUGUCCUAAAGGGUCCCGUCUGAUCCUGACAUACGAAGAGGGGGCCUGCUGCCCGAGGCAGAACUGCAGCUGGACCGUCUGCAGUGUCAAUGGUACCUUGUACCAGCCUGGCACUGUGGUCUCCUCAAACCUGUGUGAAACCUGCAGGUGUGAGGUGCCCGGCGGCGCCCAGUCGGACACGUUCGUGAUCAGCUGUGAGACCCAGAUCUGCAACACCUACUGCCCCGUGGGCUUCGAGUACCAGGCUCGGAGCGGGCAGUGCUGUGGUGUGUGCGUGCAGGUGGCCUGCUUCACGAACGCCAGUGACAGCUCUGUCCACCUCUUCUACCCUGGCAAGUCCUGGUCAGACCCUGGAGACCCCUGUGUGACGUACGAGUGUGAGAAGUACCAGGACGGGCUUGUGGUGGUGACCACAAAGAAGGCGUGCCCUCAACUCACCUGUCCCUCCGACCAGGCUCGGCUGAGCGAGGAUGGCUGCUGCCUCUCCUGUCCCCCGCCCCAACCCCAGACGAGUUUGGCCUGCACUGUCCACGAGGAGCACGAGGUGAUCCAGCAGCAGGGCUGCAACUCCUCGGGGCCCGUGCGCCUUGCCUACUGCCGGGGCAACUGUGGGGACACCACCUCCAUGUACUCCCUGGAGGCCAACGCAGUGGAGCGCAGCUGCAAGUGCUGCCAGGAGCUGCGGGUCUCACUGAGGAACGUGACCCUGCACUGCGCCGAUGGCUCCAGCCGGGCCUUCAGCUACCCCCAGGUGGAGGAGUGCGGCUGCGUGGGCCUGCACUGCGACUCCCACGGUGACCGCUCAGAGGAGCUGGGGCCCGUGCAGAGCAGAGCAGAGCAGAGCCAGGAGAGAAAGCAGACGCGCCAGAGAAGAGGGGCCCAGGGGCCUGGGCCCCACCAGUAG